AGCCGCCAGGGGGCGGACGUGCUGCGCCUGUGCGAAGUCUCAGCGGGCGGAAGUAGCUGCGACCGACGAGCUAGCUGCUGCAAGUCGCUAGCUAUUGAUUCGUCUGCGGGAGCGAUGACUGCAUUUUUCCUUUCGGGUUUUGACCGUGACUCGACGGGACAUGGUUCUAUGGAGGCCGCCGUGCAAGAUCUGAACUGGUUUGUCAGCCUUGUGUAGCUUUUUUGGUGGGUUCUUUUGCCCCCUCAAAGUGUCCUCUGGACCCGUGGUCCCCGGCCAUGGUGCUCUGAAAAGAGGGAGGCAGCGUGCUCGUGUGAGUGUGUCUUCACUCAAAGGACCCCGGGAGCAGCAAUUGAGAAGCAGUACCGUUUUUCCACGCUCCAUUGCGCCAUGUCUGACAACAGGGAACUGGUUGUGUUCUACAUUAGCUAUAAACUCUCGCAGAGGAACUACCCGCUCAGCCACAUGGGACUCAUAGAGGUGUCCAACAGGACUGACGGGGGGGAGGAAGGCUCGGGGGCCGGGGAGCAGCGGGUGCCGACGCACGCCAACAGGACUUUAAACGGGACCAGCCCGCCGCCGCCGCCGUCGUCGCCGCUGCGGCGUGAGGCGUCGAGCGCGACCGGCCUGGACGCGGUCAAGGAGGCCCUGCGGGACUCGGCCAACGAGUUUGAGCUGCGCUACGCCCACGCCUUCAGCGACCUGCACAACCAGCUGCACAUCACGCCGGCCACGGCCUACCAGAGCUUCGAGCACGUCAUGGACGAGGUGUUCCGGGACGACGUCAACUGGGGUCGCAUCGUGGGUCUAUUUGCGUUCGGCGGGGCGCUCUGCGUGGAGUGCAUGGAGAAGGAGAUGAGCCACCUGGUGGGCCGGAUCAUCGAGUGGAUGACCGUCUACCUGGACCUCCACAUUCAGCCCUGGAUAGAGAGCCAAGGAGGAUGGGAACGCUUUGCCGAGAUCUUCGGUCAGGACGCGGCCGCCGAGGUGCGCAGGUCCCAGGAGAGUUUCAAGAAGUGGCUUCUGGCCGGGAUGACGCUGGUGACCGGCGUGGUGGUCGGCCGCUCCUCGUCCAGAAACGCCUGUGAUGACCCCCCCAACGUCUGAAAACACACACACACACACACACACACACACACACACACUUACAUAGUUGUCCCUCCCACUAGUGGCCAUCAUACAUGUCAUACAUGUCCUUGUUUCUAGGCGUUAACCUUUGACCCACAUUCUCCUCGUCCUCCAAAUGUCGUCCGUCUUUUUGUUGCCUAACCAGCGAUAAUCAUGAGUGAAGCGUCGCUCGUAUGGAAAAUAGUCCGUCCCAGGGUCAAGCUGUCCCCAUGAGAGACUUGCAACAUUAAAGACGUGGGAUGAAUCUUUGACCUGCUCACAUUGUAGCGAGUUCUGUGGUUAUCAUCACCCUUUUCCUGCCACCCCCACGCAAAACGGCACAUGCGGUGUCAAAAGUAAUCCAUUACAAAAGUAACCCUCUGGUAAAAGUACUGAGUAGUGUGUGACAGUGCAGGGCGUAUUCAUCUUAGAUAUAAUAAUAACAAUAUUCAUUUUAGAUAACAAUAUUCAUUUUAGAUAUAAACAAUGUCUUGAUGAUGUCAUGGUGACAACAUACUCAUCUUAGAUAUAAACAAUAUGUCUUGAUGAUGUCAUGGUGACAACAUAUUCAUCUUAGAUAUAAAUAUGUCUUGAUGAUGUCAUGGGGACAAUAUUCAUUUUAGAUAUAAACAAUGUCUUGAUGAUGUCAUGGUGACAACAUACUCAUCUUAGAUAUAAACAAUAUGUCUUGAUGAUGUCAUGGUGAGAUAUAAACAAUAUGUCUUGAUGUCAUGGUGACAUGUUUAUCUUAGAUAUAAACAAUGUCUUGAUGAUGUCAUGGUGACAACAUACUCAUCUUAGAUAUAAACAAUAUGUCUUGAUGAUGUCAUGGUGACAACAUACUCAUCUUAGAUAUAAACAAUAUGUCUUGAUGAUGUCAUGGUGACAACAUACUCAUCUUAGAUAUAAACAAUAUGUCUUGAUGAUGUCAUGGGGACAACUUAUUCAUCUUAGAUAUAAACAAUAUGUCUUGAUGAUGUCAUGGGGACAACUUAUUCAUCUUAGAUAUAAACAAUAUGUCUUGAUGAUGUCAUGGUGACAACAUACUCAUCUUAGAUAUAAACAAUAUGUCUUGAUGAUGUCAUGGGGACAACUUAUUCAUCUUGGAUAUAAACAAUAUGUCUUGAUGAUGUCAUGGUGACAAUUUAUUAAUCUUAAAUAUAAAUAAUGUCUUGAUGAUGUCACGGUGACAACAUCAGUACCACGCUGGACAGUUUGACCCUGGAACAGACCGCGCGUGUUGCCGCAGUUUGCCGUGUGGUUUGAUUGGAUUGUGAGGAUUGCGUUGCCAGGCGUGACUUGGCGAUGAAAGCGGGAAGACGACGCAGGAAGUGGGUUUCCAACACUUCCUGGCAAAAAGGCUGCGUUGUUCCAUCGUCACUAUCGCCGUCGUCGUCGUCGUCGUCGUUUAAAGCUGACACAAACGUUUUUAUUUUUGGAAGCCAACCAAAAACUUUAUUGCUCAUUAUUUUAUGUUGCUGUUGAAUCUGCCGGAUGUGUGCGUGCUUGCGUACGUGUGCGUGUGUGAGUGUGUGUGUGUGAAGGGGGUGCAUGUUGACACCGUGUAGUCCGCCUUUUUUUUUUUUUUUUAGACAGUAGCUGACAAAUGCAGCAAACGUAGCGACACACACACACACACACACACACACACACACACACACACACACACACACACACACACACACACACCUCAGCAUGAACAUGUUAGAUAUUUUGGAUGUAAAAGUUGUAACGUUGGUAGCACUGUUCAUCCCCCCUCCCUCCCCCCCUCCCCCACGUUAACAUUUACCAGCCUCAUAUGAGCAGUUUAAUAAAAGUUUAUGACACAA